GGAAUUCAGAUGCCGAACGCCGCCAAAAAAAUUUAAAUAAACAAUCCAAUAAAUACAAAUUCCAUUAAUAUGAUUGAGACGGAGGCGGACGAGCACAUGCUGCGAGGCAUCAACAGCGCAGAUGUGGGGCCCGAGGCGAAAGAAUACAAUCUGCUGCGAGCGGACGAGGAGUACAGCAAUGGAAAUGUGGAGCACUCCAUCUACUACCAGGUGAAGGCGCAGUUCCAAUCCACGGACCUGAGAUACAUUACGGAGGCGGAGGAACUGGAGAAUCAGCGGCCCAGCACCCAGGAUCUGCUGCGUGAGGCCAGUGACAAGGAGAGAAAGGACUAUAAAAGCAACCGAUUCUUGCAGAACAUUAUCAAAAAUUUGCAGAAAAAGGAGAGCCUAAAACCUAAAACACUGCCUUCGAUAGAGCCCAUAGAGCAUCUGGACUUCCUAGAAGAUGUGGAUGAUCCAGUGGCUGGCCUGGCGCGCAUCACCGACAUCUGCAAUAGCCUGCCCAGCGAAUGGUGUGUCCUGCAUCUCUGCAAGAGCUUCAAUCCGGACACCACUUACUCGGUUUUCAACGAGAUCUUUGCCUCCGAUGGUUCCAUCUACUUGUCCCUGCUACGACACUGCCGGAGCCCCGAACUGGGACCCAUUUGUUUGCGAUUCCACAACAGCGGCCUGGCGGAGGUCUUCAAGCAGUACAGCACCCUGGUGGACCGUUUCAGACGAGUGGUCACCGUGGAUCCCCUGAAUGUGAAGAGCAAGGAGGCCAAGCAGAAGUAUUGGGAGGAGCUAAACGGCUUUGAUGCUUUUCUACAGAAACUUCUCUCGGAAUUUCGGGAUAUCAUAUUGCCCUAUUCCUUUGUAUUCCUGGGCAAACGCUACGACUGCAGCGCAGUUGCAAAGCAAACUAAAGCUGUCUUCGACCGCGUAGACGAGUUCUGCGUGAACCGUCAGUGGAGCAAUCAUCAGCGCGUGCUGUUCUCCCAGGCGUCGCUGCAUGCCAACCGACUGACCUCCACGGACAUGAAACUGAUUGCCUACGAAAUAACCAGCAACGAGAAUGAAACCCACAUAGUCUACGAUAUGCUCAGGGUAUUCGCCAGCGAAUGGCAGCCGCUGGAAGACCGCCAAGUGCAAGUGGCCAAGAGUUUUCCCACCAUUCUGGUGGUCGAUGAGCGACUGGAUCAUCUGCAUUGGGAGCAGCUGGCAACGACCCAGGAGUUUUCCCGCGUCAAAUCGUUGCACUGCCUGUGGCGGCUAUAUCAAUACCACAAGAAGAGCAUCCGCCAUGGCUACUACACCAGCAGCAUCAAGCGUGGCAUGUGCGUAAUAAAUCCUGGAGCGGACUUACCCAACUCUGGGAGGAGACUGAGGACCUUCUUCGAAUACUGGCUCUCCCACUGGAGGCAUCUGUUCGAGACGGUGCCCACCGAGCAGGUGAUGCUCCAACAGGCCUACCAGGCCGAUUGUUUUGUUUAUGCUGGUCAUGGCUCUGGCUUGCAGUACAUCAAUGGACGUGCCAUUUGUCGUGCCCGUGUCCGCAGUGUGGUAUUUCUUUUUGGCUGCGAUUCCACACGGAUGCUGGGCACGGGUCUGUACAGCGCCCUUUAUGGAGCCCAUGAUUAUUACCAAGGCGCCCUGUGUCCCACCGUUGUGGGCACCCUGAUGCCCGCACUUGAUGGCAAUAUGGACAACGUCUCUGUGACGGUGCUCAGCCUUUGGCUGAGUCCCGGAAAUAGCCAAGUGAUGCCCUGGACCCACAUCCACAAAAUGUCCUGGAGCAAAAAGGGGAUUAUCAAAGCUUGUGGCGAUGGUGAGGGGCCGCCGCCCACCAUGGCAGAGCAGCCCAACUACCAUUUGGGAAGCUUGAGCUCCAUUCUGUCGCUGGUGCAACAGGGCAAGGUCGAGCCGCAUGUCUACAAUUGCUGCAUUUACGUGUGUAGGGGUCUGCCCGCCUGGAAUCUGGCCGUGGAACCGAUGCCCUUCUAAAUCCCUUCUAGUUUCAAUUCGUAUGGCAAUCAAUUAGAAAAUUAUCAAAAAAUGAUGUACGAGUAUGUAAAAGAAUCGUUGCUCAAGCCACUACUUCAGACGGUGCUCAUUAGAUUGCAUAAAACAUUAUUUAUAACACACUCAGAGUAAUAACUUUAAGAAUAAACCAAG